AUGAAGACGACACUCGCUGUGCUCCUAAUCCUGCAGCUCUACGGACUCUCCUCCGGUCUCUUUAAACAACAUUACUUUGUCAAUGAGGAAAAGAAAUGGGAUUCUGCGCGACAGCACUGCAAAGAUUUAUUUCAAGAGCUGUCCACCUUCACCACUCAGAGCGAGGAGCAGCAGUUUUUGGAAGAUGCAGUUGGUCAAACUUCUGAUGCCUGGGUUGGUCUCCACAAAGAAUCAGGGGUGUGGAAGUGGGCCGGAGGAGAAGACGCAACACGAAUUAGCUGGGAUAGUUCUAAUCUGUUAGUUCCUAAUGAAAAAUGUGCUUUUAUACACAGCAGUUCUAAGAAGCUGCAUGACGAACAAUGCAAUGUUAAACUUAAAUUCUUCUGCAUGAAAACGUUUGUUCUGGUGUUGAAGAAUGAGAGCUGGGAAGGCGCUCUGGAAUACUGCAGAAAACAUCAUAAUGAUCUGGCGAGUCUGAAAAAUAUUACUUCUGCUUCAGAAGAAAUCGCACUGUCUGAAACUGGAUAUGUGUGGACUGGUCUGCGCUUUCUAGCAGGAGAGUGGAGAUGGGUCGAUGGAGAUGAUCUUGACUUUACGGCCUGGCCUCAGACGGGACUGCCCCAGUGUCCUGAAAGAAACCUUCGUUGUGGAGCCCUGGACCUGCUAACAGAGGACUGGACACACAGAGACUGUGAGGAGAAGCUCAACUUCUUUUGUCAGUAGAUGAAGGGAUUGUUCAACAACAAUUUCUUCUCCUCACUCAAAGCAUUCAACGAUCAGUCGACAGAUCCACACCACUCACACUUACUGGAGAGAAGAAAGUAUCCCGCUCCGGCUUCACUGCAUAAAACACCGCCCGACACCAUAAAGUUCCUAUAACAAUCCAGAAAAUUGCUUUCGAUUAAAGUACUGGAUUUUGUUUAAUUUUGGUGUAUUUUAUGCGUAUCUUAUAAGUACAAAAAUGGUUCAUGUUCUUUUGUUUUAGAACUUUACAAUAUAUUCAAAGUUUUUUUUUCAAAUAUAAAAUCAAAUAAAACAUUAGUAGUUGUGUUUC